AUGUACGUACUCAAGCUGGCCGGGAUCAAGGCUCUCCGGGGUCUCAUCGGUCUCAUCCGGGUUCUCAGCGCCACCUUCUCCUCUGCGCCACCUGCGCCCAAGCCCUCACGCACGAUCACGCUUCCCUGGUCGAAGCGUGGUUCCCAGGGCUCUAAGAUCCGUUUCGACGUUUGGAUUCCGUCGUCGUCACCAUCAUCGAACGACACUCGAGGUAAAUGGCCAAUCAUCGUUAAUCUGCAUGGUUCAGGCUUCUGCAUUCCCGGCCAUGGCACCGACGCCCGCUUUCUGCGCUUCGUCGCUGACAAGGUUGGUGCCGUGGUGCUCGACGUCGACUACCGUCACGCGCCUGAGGACCCAUACCCCGCCGCACUGGACGAUGUGCAUGCAUUCGUCCAAUGGAUCCGUUCUGGCGGCUAUCUCCAAACCUCCAUCCUUGAGAAGCAGCAAGACGGCCAGCCUUCUCUCGAGACGAGCCGCUGGGACCGGACGCGGCUCGCCCUGACGGGCUUCAGCAGCGGAGGCAAUCUGGUCUUGACCGCGUGCGUCCGUCUCCACGCCACUGGCGGCCCCUCCCAGCUUCCUCAAGCCGUCGUCGCCUUCUACCCUUCGACGAAUGUUGCCGAGUCUCCGUACGCCAAGCCCAAAGUGAAGCCAAAACCGACGAAGCCGGGCAAGGAGGGGAAACCAGCUGGAGGUGUCAUCCCUCCCGUUGUUCGCCAGUUGUUUUACGCCUCCUAUCUGCCGCCCCACGUUUCGCGAAAAGAUCCGCAGGUAUCGCCCCUCUAUGCGGACCCGGCUGCAUUUCCGGCUUCUACAACCCUCAUUACAUGCGAGGGCGACUCGCUGGCGAGAGAGGGUGAACAAAUGUACGAACACCUCAUCGGCGGUCCCAACAAGGGCGCCGUGCACCUGCAAGUGCCCGGGCAGGGACAUGGCUGGGACCACAUGGUCAAGCCGGGCACCCAUGCCGAAGAGCUCAGACAGGAGAGCUACGAAUUGGCAGCUCGCCGGAUCCGUGAAGCAUUCGCUUCUUCUACCUGA